UUUUUUCUCUCUCCCCUAAGUGCCCGUUGCGGUGCCAGACCAGCAAGCUCCCCUACUGACCAUCGCCUCAUCAUAGAGUGUCGAUCCGGAAGCCUGGCACUCUCCGUGCUAGUGACCUCUGCAACAACAGAGAUAACGUGCUGUUGGCAGAAGGUUUCAAUUAUUCAGAUCAUCAGUUUCAGUCACCCUAUAGCUGUUGUGGACUUGUCGGGGUGAAAACAUUUUGACAAUGCGUGAAUGUAUCAGUGUCCACAUUGGACAGGCCGGUGUCCAGAUUGGCAACUCAUGCUGGGAACUGUAUUGUUUGGAGCAUGGCAUCCAGCCUGAUGGUCAAAUGCCAUCCGACAAAACUGUUGGUAGUGGCGACGAUUCUUUCAACACGUUCUUCAGUGAAACAGGUUCCGGCAAACAUGUUCCUAGAGCAGUCUUUGUAGACUUGGAACCAACUGUUGUGGAUGAAGUUCGCAAUGGCACAUACCGGCAACUGUUUCAUCCGGAACAACUUUUAACUGGCAAAGAAGAUGCCGCCAAUAAUUACGCCAGAGGACAUUACACAAUUGGAAAGGAGAUCGUAGACCUUGUCCAAGACAAGAUCAGAAAGCUGGCCGAGAUGUGCACAGGUCUGCAAGGAUUCUUGUUGUUCCACAGUUUCGGUGGGGGCACUGGCUCGGGGUUUACCUCGCUCCUAAUGGAGAAACUCAGUGUGGACUACGGGAAGAAGUCAAAGUUAGAGUUUUCCAUCUAUCCGGCACCUCAGGUUUCCACUGCGGUUGUCGAGCCGUACAACUCUAUUCUUACAACUCAUACUACUCUGGAACAUUCGGACUGUGCAUUCAUGGUCGAUAAUGAGGCUAUCUAUGACAUCUGUCGCCGUAGCCUUGACAUUGGACGUCCUUCUUACACCAACCUCAACCGUCUGAUUGGACAAAUCGUGUCUUCCAUCACCGCCUCCCUCAGGUUUGACGGCGCCCUAAAUGUGGAUCUUACAGAAUUUCAGACCAACUUAGUGCCGUAUCCACGCAUCCACUUCCCACUGGCCACUUAUGCACCUGUGAUUUCAGCAGAGAAAGCCUGCCACGAACAAUUGACUGUGGCAGAAAUCACCAAUGCUUGCUUUGAACCAGCUAACCAAAUGGUCAAAUGCAAUCCUAUGCAAGGUAAAUAUAUGGCGUGUUGUCUCCUGUACCGAGGUGACGUGGUACCCAAGGAUGUUAAUGUCGCCAUAGCAACAAUUAAAACUAAACGAACCAUACAGUUUGUAGACUGGUGCCCAACUGGUUUUAAGGUAGGGAUCAACUAUCAACCUCCAACUGUAGUGCCUGGAGGUGACCUGGCCAAAGUCAGAAGAGCAGUCUGCAUGUUGAGCAACACCACAGCAGUAGCUGAAGCUUGGGCCAGACUGGACCAUAAGUUUGACUUAAUGUACGCCAAGAGAGCUUUUGUCCACUGGUAUGUGGGCGAAGGCAUGGAGGAAGGAGAGUUUGCUGAGGCUCGAGAAGAUCUAGCUGCCCUGGAAAAAGACUAUGAAGAAGUUGGAGUCGAUUCAAUCGGUGAACAUGCAGAAGAGGGAGGAGAAGACUUCUAAAAGGACAAGGCCUUAGUUUCGUUGUUUACAUUAGUUUCGUUUUUCUUGUCCACUUGUGAUUGAUACAAGUUCCGACUUACUCGUACUUCUUUUAACUGACUGAACUACUCGCACUGUUGAAAUGUAGUUUGGAAACUAGUGUAGGAGUUUUUAGUCCAAUAGGUACCGUUACUUUGCUUGGGUGAAUCAACUGUUAUAAUUACAUUUGUAACCCUAACACCCAACAUUCUAUUAUAUCUAUUUUACCAUUAAUCACUUGUAAUGAAGGUGAUGUGUAUUUUAUAUGAAACAAUCAGUAUUGUUUAAAUGAUACAUUUUUCAUGUUUGUAUGUACUGCUAUGUAGAAUAAUUCCUGUGUGAACUGUUUUUUUUUAUUCCACCAAUAAACUCUGUAUUGAGUGUUACCAAA